UUCUUUUUUAUUUAUUUUUUUUUUUUUUUUUUUUUUUUUUCCCUUCACCCAAUAAAAGCAAGGUGGGGAAUAACCAGGUCUGAUGCUUUGUCUCUUUUGCGUUGGCUGCUGGAGAUGAGCCUAGGCUUGACCUGACCAUGAUUCCAAGGACUGGCAUUUCUUUUUUAUCCCCAGUUUGUAGAGAUCCAAACCUUCUUUUCCUGAUUGUCAAGAAAAAUAAAUUAUUGCUGAAUUUGGGAAUCUAGGCAGCACCAGCAUACUUUCUUCCUGCAUCUCUCUGGAAUCGUUUCUGGGAUAUUUUCCAAAUCAGCACAGAAAGCAGAAGGAAUGAACCGUCAGCUAGUGAAAAUUUUGACAACCUUAUUUGCAUUUUUCUUAGAGACAAACCACUUCAGGACGACUUUCUGUAAAGAACAUGAUUCAAGAUCUGGAAAAUCCCCCUCACAGACCCUGUCUCCUUCAGAUUUUUUGGACAAAUUGAUGGGAAGGACAUCGGGGUAUGAUGCUAGAAUCAGACCAAAUUUUAAAGGUCCUCCUGUAAAUGUUACCUGCAACAUAUUUAUCAACAGCUUUGGUUCAAUAGCAGAAACUACAAUGGACUACAGAGUGAACAUUUUUUUGAGACAGCAGUGGAACGAUUCACGCCUGGCUUACAGCGAAUAUCCUGAUGAUUCUCUGGAUUUGGAUCCCUCCAUGCUGGACUCUAUUUGGAAACCAGAUCUAUUCUUUGCCAAUGAAAAGGGAGCAAACUUCCACGAUGUCACAACAGACAAUAAGCUGCUACGAAUUUCUAAGACCGGAAAAGUGUUGUACAGUAUCAGGCUUACUUUAACCUUAUCAUGUCCCAUGGACUUGAAGAAUUUUCCUAUGGAUGUACAGACAUGCACAAUGCAACUAGAGAGCUUUGGCUACACUAUGAAUGAUCUAAUAUUUGAGUGGCAGAAAAAAGGAGCUGUACAAGUUGCUGAUGGGCUGACAUUGCCACAGUUUAUUUUGAAAGAAGAUAAAGAACUUGGUUAUUGCACAAAACAUUACAACACUGGAAAGUUUACAUGCAUUGAAGUCCGAUUUCACCUGGAGCGGCAGAUGGGUUACUAUUUCAUCCAGAUGUACAUCCCCAGCCUGCUCAUCGUCAUUCUCUCCUGGGUCUCCUUCUGGAUCAACAUGGAUGCAGCUCCAGCAAGAGUUGCACUGGGUAUCACUACAGUUUUGACAAUGACCACUCAAAGUUCAGGAUCAAGAGCUUCCCUUCCAAAAGUCUCCUACGUAAAAGCUAUUGACAUCUGGAUGGCCGUGUGCCUGCUGUUUGUCUUUUCUGCACUUCUGGAAUAUGCAGCAGUCAACUUCGUUUCACGGCAGCACAAGGAGUUUCUGAGACUUCGAAGAAGGCAAAGAAGACAAAACAAGGAAGAUGAGGUUGCUCGUGACAGUCGAUUCAAUUUUAGUGGCUACGGCAUGGGUCACUGUCUCCAAGUCAAAGACGGCACAGCAGUAAAGGCUACUCCCCCAAACCCACCUCCAGCACCACCAAAGGAUUCAGACUCCAUCAAAAAGAAGUUUGUUGACCGCGCAAAAAGGAUUGAUACAAUAUCCCGUGCUGCAUUCCCACUCGCCUUCCUCAUUUUCAACAUCUUUUACUGGAUUACAUACAAAAUUAUACGGCAUGAGGACAUUCAUAAGAAGUAGGAAACUGGUUUGCCAGGACUUGUCAGCCAAAGUGAUCCACAUGUAAAUAAACAGUGAAAUGUCUCUCUGUUAUUUGUAUAAAGGGUUUCUUUUUCCCCUCAGGACUCUGAAGAGAAAAUGAAAAAGGAAAAGAAUUACAGAAGGAAAAGUGAUUGCAUGAGACAAUAUGCCUGAGACCAGUCAAUAAGGGUUCCCCUGAUGUACUCUCAGUGUUCUUCCAGAUUCAGCAUUGACCAGACAUCUGUAAAAGGGGCCAAAUUUUACUCAACUUUAUCACCAAGAUAUUAUUGUUUGAAACAAAAGAGAAUCAGAAAACAAACAGUGCUCCUAAAACAUCUACCAAGAGACUGUGGUGGCUACAGUACAGUGAGUUAUAAGAGGACCAAACUUUUUCAGGAUAAUGUUGCCUUUCUAUUUGAAACAAGUCUACUGAGCUACAUUCCAUGACCAUGUCUGUAGUUAGUGGUUUCACCAAGGAGUCCUUUUGUGGGUUGUAAAUUAUUUCUACGGACAAAGGAGAGGAAAAACAAAAACAGAUUUAUACUUUACUAUCCUUGUGGGUGUGCAUUUUAAUAUUAUCUUGCUUUACUAGAAUUGUAAUUUUGGGGUUGAACUUGUGUGUUGUGUGAUUUAUUUGAUAGCUGACACUCCAAAACCAGUGAAACUGCCCAGUUUAUUUUUGUUGGAAGACAGUGCACUUACUUCAUUUUAUUUCUGCUGAUUUUACAUGCAACUUGAGGUGCCAAAUUGUAUUUUACCUAUUGUGCUACCCUGUACCACACUACGUAGUAAGAACUUGGUUCCUCAAAGGUGUAGCUCAGUUUAGCAUUGAGUUUCUAUUACUGCUCUCAUUGUAGCUGCGAUCAAUAGCUCUAUAGGUAAACACAACUUGUUUACAGACUUCUUAUUUAUAUCUUUACUCAAAGUGGCUAUCAUUUUAAAUAUCAUGACUAACCUAAGAAUUUUAAAACUGUACUGUGAUUUUCAGAACCUGUUACCUUUUGGUGCCGGAUCUGCAUUAUUCAAAUCCUUGCUACAUGUUUUAAAGUAGAAAAUAAAACUAAAAAAAAAAAAAAAAAAAAGAUGGUAUUUUUGCUUACACAGAAGAAGACAACCUGUAACAUAAAAUGAAUCAAACAUUACAAUUUUACACUUGCUGUAAAUGGGUUUAUUAAAAAAAAAAGAAGAAAAAAAGGUAUUUGUUCAAUUCCAAUAAAGCUUAAUGUGCUACUA